GUGAGAUGGCCUUUUAGCAGUGCUUAGCUGACAUGUAUACCUGUUGUUGGAUGGGUAGAGGACAAAGGGGAAUAAUUAGAAGACAAAGUGUAAAGAAAUUUGAUAAGCACUGCCUCUUACUUUACAACUUUAUUUAUAUCUCCUGAUCUCUAACAGCAACUGACAAGGAAAAAAAAUCCCUGACAAUAUAUAUUCAGACAAGUAUGGUCAGCAUCAUGAAGUUCUGGACACCUCUGGCAUUCCUGUGUAUGGUGCUACCGUCUGUGCUGGGAGGCAUUGCGAAAUCAACAAAUUCGGAAUCAGUAAUUGGGGAGUGCUGGGGGAAACCAAACGUCGUGGACUGUGCCCUGAAGUGUUCCAGAAGCUUCUAUUGUCUAAGGGUAAAUUACACAUGCUGCUGGACCUAUUGUGGAAACAUCUGUUUGGAAAUUAUACAAAUCGAUGACGAGUAG